ACAUUUUGGGGUCUGUAUUUGGGUUAUUUUUGGCUCCAUUUUGGGUGGUUUUGGACUCUCGAUUUGGGUUAUUUUGGGUGAUUUUGGGGUCUGUAUUUGGGUUAUUUUGGGGUCUGUAUUUGGCGUUAUUUGGGGUUAUUUUGGGGUCUGUAUUUGGGUGAUUUUGGGGUCUGUAUUUGGGUUAUUUUUGGGUCCAUUUUGGGUGGUUUUGGACUCUCGAUUUGGGUUAUUUUGGGUGAUUUUUGGGUUUUUUUCUCUCUACCCGCCCCGUUUCGCAGCGCUGACCAUUCCAACGGCACCAACCAAUAGGAACCCGCGAUCUUGGGGCUCGCCCGCUGCCGUCCAAUCCCAGCCUCGCACACAACCACCCCUCCCUCCCACCCAAUAGCAACCCCCCGUCUCCUCCUCACUGUUUUCCCGCGCCGCCCAAUCCCCGCCUGGGAUACUCGCGGCCGGCCCCUCCUCCAAUGAGAAGCGGCGUUGUUGGCGCGGCGGGCGGCGGCGGGGCCAAGAUGGCGGCGGCGCUGUCGGUGCGCGGGGCCGGGCCCGGGCCCGGAGCGGAGCCCCCGGCGGGGCCCGACCUGGCCCCCGAGGAGGCGCUGCCGCCGCUGGACCCCGCCGAGGUGCGGAGCCGCCUGGAGCACAGCGAGCGCCAGUUCCGCAACCGGCGGAAGGUGCUGAUCCGCGGCUUGCCGGCGGACGUGACCAACCAGGACAUCCACGAGCUGCUGAAGGACUACGAGCUCAAGUAUUGCUUCGUGGACAAGCACAAGGGCACGGCCUUUGUCACGCUGCAGACGGCCGAGCAGGCGGCGGCGGCGGUCGGCCGCCUGCAGGGCAGCGCGCUGCGGCAGCGCCCGCUGCGCGUGCAGCUGCAGCCCUCGGAGGCCGUGCUGUGCGUGGCCAACCUGCCGCGCGCGCUGGCGCAGCCGCAGUUCGAGGAGCUGCUGCGGCCCUUCGGCAGCCUGGAGCGCUGCUUCCUGGUCUACAGCCCCGCCACGGGCCACUCCAAGGGCUACGGCUUCGUGGAGUUCAUGAGGCGCGACGCGGCGGCGCGGGCGCGCGGCGAGCUGCAGGGCCGGCGGCUGCAGGGCCGCAGCCUGCACGUGCACUGGGCGGACGCGGCGCAGCUCAGCGCCGAGGGGCUGCACUCGCGCUGCCUCUGCGUGGACAGGCUGCCCCCGGGCUUCUGCGACCUGCAGGGGCUCAGGGCCGCCUUCGAGAGGGUCUGUGCGCCCACCUUCUGCCAGCUGGCGGUGGGGCAGGACGGGCGGCCGCGGGGCUUCGCCGUGCUGGAGCUGGAGUCGCCCGAGGCGGCCGAGCGGGCGCAGCUGGCCACGGACGGGCUGGCGCUGGGCGGGCGCCGCAUCCGCGUGUCCUUCUGCGCCCCCGGGCCCUCGGGCCGCGGCACGCUGGCCGCGCUGCUGGCCGCGCAGGCCACGGCUCUGAACAGGGGCAGGGGGCUGCUGCCCGAGCCCACCCUGCUGCAGGUCCUGGCCAGCCUGGGCAACCCGGCCUCGCUGCAGCUGCUGCUGAACCCGCUGCUGCAGGGGGCCCUGGGGGCCAAGCAGGCAGGAAUUUUGGGAGCUGCUCCCUCGCUGCCCCUGGUGCCCAACCCAGCGCUGCCCACGGCUCUGCUGCAGCUGGCCCUGCACGGCCAGGCCCAGAAACCGGGAAUUUUGGGCGAUUCCCCGCUGAGCUCCCUGGCCCAGCCCCCCGGGAAGCUGCUGGGGGAGGUUCCCUCAGGUGCUCCCGUGCCCGGGGAGGGGGCUCAGCCCCGCGGGAAGCCCCUCCCCAAGCCCCCCCCCAAAUCCCAGCAGGGCGAGAGCGGAGCCCCCACGGUCUCUCUCCUGGGGGAGCCCCCCAAAGAUUUGAGGAUCCCCCUCAAUCCCUACCUGAACCUGCAGAGCCUCCUGCCCCCGCCAGGAAAAGGGUUUAAGGUGAAACCUGGAGUUUUGGGGACCCCCCCGGCCGACGCCUUCGCCGUGGACUUCCCGGAUUUGGGGUCCCGGAUUCUCCCCCAGCCCCGCGACCACCCCGGCUCCAUCCUGGGGGGCUUCGGGCCCGGCAGGCACAAGGUCUCCUCCUCCUCCUCGGGCUUGGACCGGGGGGCUCUGGGACCCCCAGGGCCCCCCUUUUUCUCAGGGUCCCCCAGCUCCUACUUCAGCAGCGGCCUCCAGGCCGGGCUCAAGCAGAGCCAGCUCAGCAAGGCCGUGCCCGUCCCCCCGAGCUCCGACCCCGUCCUGGCCUUGGCCGCGCCCGGCUCUCACCCCAAGACGCCGCAGGGCGCGCACAAGCGCGGCUCGGCGCAGCUGCUGCCCGAGCCCGAGCCCAGCCCCGAGGGCUCCUACGUGGGGCAGCACUCGCAGGGCCUGGGCGGCCACUACGCCGACUCCUACCUGAAGAGGAAGAGGAUCUUCUAGGGGGGGACCCCGAAAAACCGCGAAGAGACCACGAGACAACGCGGAGAAGAUCCCAAAAAAAAAACCCCGAGAAAAUGCUGAGAAAAUCCCAAAAAAAACCCCCAAAAAAACCUCGAGAAAAUCCCAAAAAAAACCCCAAAAAACCCCGAGAAAAUGCUGAGAAAAUCCCAAAAAAAAAACCCCAAAGGAAACCACGAGACAAUGCUGAGAAAAUUCCAAAAAAAAUCCCCAAAAAAACCUCGAGAAAAUCCCAAAAAAAACCCCAAAAAACCACGAGACAACGCUGAGAAAAUCCCAAAAAAAAUCCCCAAAAAAAGCUCCAAAAAAACCCCAAAAAAACCACGAGAAAAUGCUGAGAAAAUCCCAAAAAAAACCCCCAAAAGAACCCACGAGACAAUGCUGAGAAAAUCCCAAAAAAACCCCAAAAGAAACCAUGAGAAAAUGCUGAGAAAAUCCCAAAAUAAACCCCCAAAAAAAAACUCAAAAAAAACCCAAAAAAAAUCCCCAAAAAACCCCCGAAAAAAUCCUGAGAAAAUCCCAAAAAAAAAACCCAAAAGAAACCACGAGACAAUGCUGAGAAAAUCCCAAAAUAAACCCAAAAGAAACCUCCAAAAAAUCCCCAAAAAAACCCCCAAAAAACCCAAAGAAAAGCCCAAAAAAAAAAAAAAGGCCAAAACAAAGCUCAAAAAACCCCCAAAAAAUAAAAAAACACCCAAAAAAUUGACAAAACAAAGCUCAAAAAAUUUCCAAAAAUACCUCAAAAAAUGGCCAAAACAAACCCCGAGAAAAUCCCUUAAAAAUUCCCCCCCAAAAAACCAAAAACAAAGCUCAAACAAUCUCAAAAAAACCCCAAAA